AUUAUUGCUUUGGAGAUCCAUGAAGAGUCCUUUCAAAAAGUCAGGUUUUGUAUCUCAUGAUGAUAUAUGUAAUUGAUUUAGUAGAUGAGUCUCGUUCAUAAAUAAUAGGUGAAUCCACUCACACAAAGAGUGUAUUCACGUCGCCAUCAUCCAUCUCCUGCAGGGAUCACAGUAUUAUAUAGCCCAGCGCACCAGCAGCUAGCUACAGCCAGCUAAAGCAGAUCUAGCUAGUACUUCUUCUACUGCAGUCCAGAGCUCCGGCCGUCAUCCAUCUCCUGGCCUCCACACACACACACGCGCGCGCGCCACUGGGCUUAAUUAGGUAGCAACAGAGAUAGAUAAACCGGAGGUUGAUGGACACUGCUGCAGAAGCUGCUCUGCUUAGAUGGAGGAAGAAGAAAGCCCUGAAGCCUAUUCAGACGGCGGCCGGAGAUGGGUUGAACGGGGUGGGCGCGGCGGAGUUAGAAGAGCCUCUGAGCCCGGCGGCACGGCUGUUCCAUGAGCCAGACUUCAACGUGCAUAUCAUAGCAGAAAUAGGGAGCAAGAUCCCGAUCAACCCCCAUACUGUCAAAGACAAGCUCCCCCAUUCCCUUCUCAAGCAACCCCGUUUCUCCAGUUUGCAGGUGAAGGAUGAAAAUGGGAACAUGAAAUGGGUGCCCACCAAGGUUGAUCUGGAGAGGCACGUGAUAGUCCCCGACCUGGAUCCAAACAUGGACUCCCCCGACAAGUUCGUGGAGGACUACAUCGCCGACCUCAGCAAAGUCCCCGUCGACUUCUCCAAGCCCCUCUGGGACCUUCACCUCCUCAACGUCCGGACCUCGCAGGCGGCGGCCGUCGGCGUCUUACGGAUCCACCACUCCCUCGGCGACGGCAUGUCCCUAAUGUCCCUCCUCCUCGCCUGCACCCGCAAGGCCUCCGACCCCGCUGCCCUCCCCACCAUCCCCGCCGCCAAGAAACCCGAUUUCGCUCCCGCCGGCAAGGGCUAUUGGUGGGGCCUCCGCCUGAUAUGGAACACUGUCGUCGAUGUUUUCAUGUUCUUGCUCACCACCCUGUUCUUGAAGGAUACGGAGACACCUGUGAAAGGCGUGCCGACGCCUGAGUCUGUUCGUUGGCGAUUCAUUCACCGGACUGUCAGUUUGGAUGAUAUUAAGUUGGUGAAGAACGCGUUGAAUGCUACCAUCAACGAUGUUAUGAUGGGGAUCACAUUGGCGGCUUUGUCUCGGUAUCUCAACAGGAAAUAUGGCGAGAGGAAGAGAGCACGGGGGUCAGCAGAAAAGAAAAAUCAUCUCCCAAAAAAUAUGCGUCUCAGAUCGACUCUUCUUGUUAAUACCAGACCCUCUGCUGGCAUCCAUGCUUUGGCAGAGAUGAUGGAGAAGGGAACAGAAGCCAAAUGGGGUAACCACAUCGGUUACGUUCUUCUACCCUUCCCUGUGGCAGUGCGUGAUGAUCCCUUGGACUACGUUCGCACAGCUAAAGCCAUUAUUGAUAGAAAGAAGCAUUCUCUUGAAGCUAUAGGCACUUCUUACAUUGCUGAUUUUUUUGUCAAGUUGUUGGGCAUCAAGGCUGCAGCCAUAUUGUUUCAUAGAGCUCCCACUUUCACCACGAUGGGCUUCUCAAACCUAGUUGGACCCGUGGAGGAAGUUUGUUUCUAUGGUCAUCCAUUGGCUUACCUUGCUCCUGGUUGUUUUGGACAACCUCAUGCACUGAUGAUAAAUUGUCAAAGUUACAUAAACAAAAUGACUUUAAUACUCUCGAUUGAUGAGAACACCAUUCCUGAUUCUCAUGACCUUUGUGAUGACAUUGAAGAAUCACUAAAGCUUAUCAAGGAGGCAGUGAUUGUGAAAGGGCUUGCAAAGCGUGAUGCAUAACAUGAUAAUGUAGCACAAUUAUGUGCAUCAUUCAUUAUACUUUCAUGUACGACUUCUUCUUCUUCUUCCCUUUUCUUGUUUGAAUCAUUUUUUAUAGUUCUUUUGUUGUUAUUUGCCUUGCUUUCAUCAUCCUAAUAAUGUAAUUUUCAUUGAUACUUUCAUUAAAAAUAAAGAUUAUUAUUUGAUAAAAA